UGAACAAAUAUAUCGUUCUAAACGAUCUGUAUUAAUUUUACGAUAAUUUAGAAGUACGUAAUAGUAUUAUAACGAAGAGUCAGCUGUGAUCGAGUACGUAUUUAGUUACAUAUGCGAUUUAAAAAGAAAAGAAAGAAGAAAAUCCGUCUCAUUUCAUCUCAAUUAUACACGUGUAAGAAACCUUAGUAACGAAUCGUGAAAAACCGCAAUAUCAUAUACAUCGUAAGGUCGUUAAAUAUACGUGAACACGGUUAUUUCUUCCGCGAGUGAGUUAGCUGUCAUCUCCCACACAUCCCAACCAACAUUUAUCGUCACUUUAGCCGCGCCAGACUGGCGCGUAAAACCUAAUUCCGACCACUAAACUUGUCAACGUUUAACCAACGCGAAACACAAGCAACCAUUAAUAUAAGUGAUAAGAAGCAUUGAAUAAGUGACUGGCGUUGUAAAGUAUACGUUAACAGAUUUAUACCAGGGGUCAACCACAAUUACGCACGUGUCGCCUAUGGUUCGAGAAACAGGGUUCAAGUAAGACACGGACCCGAGUUAUCCGUCCAAACUUCGUGGACCACGUCAGAAACGAGGAGAAGCUUUUUGCAUUUCAUAAACUGCAUUUGUUCGGCGCAACUGAUAAAGUUGCGAGUGAAACACAAGAGCCAAACCAACCCUGGAGUGUCUGGCAAACACGCGAUAUAACUAAGGCUCCAAUUAGCACUGGAUCCUGCAGCUAGUCUGGCGUUGAUCAAGAAAUCGCUAGCGCAACUUCAAUCAUCAUCAACUGAGGUUUGAAAAGAUUGACGCACAGCUCGCAAAACAAGACAAUCGUGACGGCGAGAUUAGAGGAAUAAAGACGUCGAGCGUCACGGAUCUAUCAGUCAUAUAUUUUUCCCGCGAGUCAACUGUGUAACAAACCUUCCACAAUGGCUGCCAGUUUAUGGUACUUUUUGUUCCAGACAAAUCUGGCUGUCGGACUGAUUGAUUGAUUGAGUGAGAAAUCAGAAGCGAAGCAAAUCUGAGAAUCGAAAUCUGGAGAUUGCAGUUGAACCACCGGGAAUCAUUUUUCAAACAGUUUCCAACGUGGCUAAGAGCCUAAGUCCGCGUCGAGUGCACCAGGAGUGCUCAGGGGUGGAGGUGGAGGUGGAGGUGCAAGUGCAGGUGCAGGAAAGGCGAGUUGGGGCAGUGAGGCGCAUGCCUUACCUGGGGCCUGACAUGACAUCCCGGCUGUCAGCCUUGUUCUACACGGUCGAGGUCGGGGACACGAAGUUCACCAUCCUCAAACGCUACCAAAACCUCAAGCCAAUUGGAUCCGGAGCUCAGGGUAUCGUCUGUGCGGCUUACGAUACAGUGACAGCGCAAAAUGUAGCCAUCAAGAAGCUGUCCAGACCGUUUCAGAAUGUAACACACGCAAAACGAGCUUACAGGGAAUUCAAGCUCAUGAAACUCGUGAACCAUAAAAACAUCAUCGGACUUCUGAAUGCAUUCACACCUCAACGAUCCUUGGACGAGUUCCAAGACGUCUACCUCGUUAUGGAACUGAUGGAUGCUAAUCUGUGCCAGGUGAUCCAAAUGGAUUUGGACCACGAACGCAUGUCCUAUCUUCUGUAUCAGAUGCUCUGUGGAAUCAAGCACUUACAUUCCGCUGGCAUUAUUCAUAGGGAUUUAAAGCCGAGCAAUAUUGUUGUAAAAUCGGAUUGUACCCUCAAAAUUUUGGACUUUGGUCUGGCCAGGACUGCUGGCACAACGUUUAUGAUGACGCCCUACGUCGUGACACGGUAUUAUCGAGCACCCGAGGUGAUUCUCGGCAUGGGAUACAAAGAAAACGUGGAUAUCUGGUCAGUCGGAUGCAUUAUGGGAGAGAUGAUUCGAGGUGGCGUUUUGUUCCCUGGAACCGAUCACAUCGAUCAGUGGAACAAAAUUAUUGAGCAAUUAGGAACGCCUGCAGCAGAGUUUAUGCAACGACUGCAACCGACGGUGAGGAAUUACGUUGAAAACAGGCCGAGAUAUCCCGGAUAUCCUUUCGACAGGCUAUUUCCAGACGUCUUGUUUCCGUCAGAUUCCUCUGAACACAACAGGCUAAAAGGUAGAGCGAGUCAAGCUAGAGAUCUUCUUUCACGUAUGCUUGUCAUUGAUCCUGAGCGGCGAAUCUCUGUGGAUGAUGCGCUGCUGCAUAACUACAUCAAUGUCUGGUACGACGAGGGAGAAGUUAAUGCUCCUGCGCCUGGACCAUAUGAUCAUAGCGUCGAUGAGAGGGAACACACUGUGGAUCAGUGGAAGGAGUUAAUUUAUCAAGAAGUUAUGGAAUACGAGACAAGUCAUAACCCAGUUGCCGUUGCACAACCCGCAGAUUCAGCUGGAUCACGGUAGACACUGGUUAUAAUUCUGUAUUUUCACGAUACGUGACAGUCCAAGUUAUAGUAUCGGUGAAUUAGAGAAAGAAAGAAAAUAUAACACGAAUAAUUUCGCCAUCUGCCCUAAAAUAGAGUAGACAGUCCGAGCACUGCUCUCUGAGGUAAUCUCAACACCAAAAAAAAAAAAACCAAGAUAAAACUGAAUUAAACAAAACAAAAAUCUGAUAAAUUAUGGGUAAUUUGAUAUAAGAAAGGGUCGUUUGAGUGGACGUUAUGAUUUCGUUCUUACGAAUCAGCUGCGUUUGGAGAAAUUUACGUUAGAUUUUUCUAAAAAACAAAUAAAAAAACAAAAACAAGAAGUGUGAAAAAAAAAUUACAAAAAAAACGCAAAUAAUAAUAAAACCUUCCUGCACUUCGUUUCUUACAAGUAAGCUUCAGGUUUUCCUAAUUAUUGAGGUGUGAACCAGAAAACAGACGUUCUCAAACUGUAAAGCGACUGCUUUCGAUUAAUGAGUACAUUAUUAUUUAGACUUUCGAUACUGCGACACAAGUUUUCCCACUGUCAUAUAACAACGGUGAAAAGAAAAGGUGCUCGUGUUUGUAUUUAAAAAAAUUAAAUCAAACUUUCAACCAAAACUCCUUGAUCAUAGGCUCUUUGGGUAAUUAUAAACUAUUCUUUGCAGUAUCGCAAAGUUAAUGAAAGGGGGUGACGACUUACUCGUUUUAUUGUAAAAAUAUGUCAGACCUGUAUUCUUUAUGCAUUUCAAACCGAACCGGAAACUCUGUAGAUGAUUGUAUGCAACAGAAAGUGGUAUUUUCUACGUUGUACAGUAAACAUUGGUACUAGAAGAACGAGUCAGAUCAAUCACAGUGAUUAGAUUUUUAUGUGAAAUGUCAAACUGCAUUGACGACACUCAAUUUACAAUCGGUUCAUAUAUUUCACUACUACGGAAUGUGAUGGAAAGUGAUCACUUUAUUGAAAUCACUUCCUAUCAUAUUCCGAGUUGCUGCCAGGAUUAGUCUGUUUUGAACUAACAAUUGUGAAACUAGUUUGACAACUUGGUAAAAUGCUUUGAUGUGUCGAUGGAUGCAUAUUUUACAAUGUGCAAUUACUGUUAUCGUGAAAACUGUUGUUCAUUUGCUGCUGUGGCAGUUUAUAGAUCGGCCGAAACCUCUUGUAUACAUUAUUGUUGUGCCACAAUCCUGGGUUUUUCUUGCUUAGAAAUUUCCCAUCAAAUGUAUCAACAAUUACACUAAUAACAACGAUAGCAAUAAUUGUAUGAAAAUUAUAUUCGUACAAAACUGUUAUGGGAACAAAUAAAAGCAUUUCCUUGUAGACGAUAAAAUUCAUAACUUUUGAAUUUGAUUGUAAAAUUUUUAAUUUGUUCGAUUUAUUUAGUUCCAGAGAUAAUAAUUACCUUGCAGCAGCAAUAGAGCAACUCAUGUAUAACAUAACUCGUUUUCACAAUGAAACAAGCUGUACUGUAUCGAAAACAACUGUUUCGUCAGUAAUGAACAAAAUUAAUAGCGCUGUCUCAAAUUUUCAAAUUUCUUCGUUUUACACGUUAAUCAAUUGAUUAUCUGCAUGAAAUUAGAGAAGUAUCUGGAUAGGAGCCUGCUAUAAAUUAUUCCAACGUACAUUUGGCACAGCGAUCUCACAGGUCGGUGAAAUCCAAAGAUGCAUCUUCCUCGAAGAUUAUUCUAAUCUCGUUGAAAGCGGUGUAGCGAGGAAAUAUUUGAAUAUCAUUUAACUCAGAAAUAUUGUCUAUAAUAUGAACGAAAUUGAUCAAUACUGCCACUGUAUGAAAAAACAAUCACAACAGCGAUGCGAUAUUUGGUUUGGUGUGUUAGAUGAUACUAUUUUUUACCAAUUAUUUUACUUCAAAAAAUUAUUACAAACAUGAUGAAACAUGGUUUUAUCAAUGAACUUUUACUGCAUAUUCCUAAGUUUUUACGUGCCCGUUGCUCAUAAUUUAACGAGCAAACGAGGAACAGAAAACUAAAAUUAAGG